CGCCGCGGGAGCCCAGGCCAGGUGGACAGCUUCUGGGCUGCAUGGCUCUGUAGAGAAUGAAGCCCAACCCCACAGGCUCCUCACCACAGCCUUGCAUAGCCACGGGCCAGGCGGAGAAGUGCUGUCCUGUCUGCCAGGCUUGGGGAGCGGUUUCAGGCCCAGAGUCUGGUUUAGGGCCGGGGUCAGGGCCUGGUGCUCUUCUGGGAGCUGGGCCAGGACCCAGUUCUCUUCUGGGGUCUGGGCAGGGACCCAGUGCUGUUUUGGGAUCUGGCACUGCUCUGGGACCUGAGUCAGGAGCUGCAUCAAGUGCUGGGUUGGAAGCUGGGUGGGGAUCUAGGUCAGGAGCCAAGGAGGUUGGGUCAAGACCUGGGUCAGGACCUAGGUCAGCACCUGGGCUGGUAGCUGUGUCAGGACUUGCCUUAGGACCUCCAGCAGGAGCUGGCACCAAAGCUGGCUCAGGACUCCUGACAGGAGCGUGGCCGGGGCCUAAGUCAGGAGCUGGGACAGGACCUGAAUCAGGAAUUGGGCCAGGACUUGGGCCUGGAGCUGAGUCAGGAACUGGGUUGGGACCCCUGUCAGUAGCUGGGACAGGAACUGGGUCAGGACUCCGCCAAGGAGCUGCACCAUUACCUCAAUCUGGGCCCAAACCCAGUGAAUCAGCCGCAGCCACAGCACCAGUACCGCAGCAGAAGACUCCAACCAGCCCUGCACAGAGCCGCAGACAGAAGGUUCUAGUGACAGGUGGAGGAGGCUACCUGGGCUUUAGCCUGGGCUCCACCCUGGCCAAGAGUGGUGCUUCUGUCAUCCUUCUUGACCUCCGCAGACCCCAGUGGGAAGUGCCCCCGAGGACCCAGUUCGUCCAGGCUGAUGUGCGAGAUGAAGGAGCCCUGUUCCGGGCCUUCGAGGGGGUGGACUGUGUCUUCCACGUGGCUUCCUAUGGGAUGUCCGGUGCUGAGAAGCUACAAAAAGAGCAGAUUGAGUCUAUAAAUGUUGGAGGCACCAAACUAGUGAUCAAUGUCUGUGUCCGUCGGAGGGUUCAGAGGCUCGUCUACACCAGCACUGUGAAUGUGGCAUUCGGAGGGAAGCGCAUCGAGGAGGGUGAUGAGGACUCUGUGCCAUACUUCCCACUGGACAAGCACACGGACCACUACUCCCGAACCAAAGCCAUUGCCGACCAGCUGACUCUCCUGGCCAAUGGGACCCCUCUCCCAGGAGGAGGGUCUCUCCGGACAUGUGUGCUGCGGCCCCCAGGGAUUUAUGGGCCUGAAGAGCAGAGGCACCUGCCCCGAGUGGCUAGCCACAUCAGGAGGCGGCUGUUCAUGUUCCGGUUUGGGGACCGCAAGACCAGGAUGAACUGGGUCCACGUGCACAAUCUGGUGCAGGCGCAUGUGCUGGCGGCCGAGGCCCUCACCGCCUCCAAGGGCUACGUGGCCAGCGGGCAGGCGUACUACAUCAACGACGGGGAGAGUGUCAACGUCUUUGAGUGGAUGGCCCCCCUGUUUGAGAAGCUAGGAUACAGCCAACCCUGGAUCCAGGUACCUACAUCCUGGGUUUACCUGACAGCCACAGUGAUGGAGUACCUGCACGUGGCCCUGAGGCCGGUCUGCAACAUCCCGCCACUGCUCACCCGCAGCGAGGUGCACAGCGUGGCCGUGACGCACACCUUCCGGAUCGCCAAGGCCCGCGCGCAGCUGGGCUACGCGCCAGACAAGUUCAGCUUCGCGGACGCCGUGGAGCACUACGUGCGGUCCACGGCUCGGCAGCCCCGCGGCCCCACGGCGCGGACGCUCCUGCGGCUGCUGCUCGGGCUGCUGCUGCUGCUCGGCCUCCUCAGCCUGGGUCUGCACUUCCUGCAGCCUCUGCAGGCGGCCGUGCAGCGGCUCUGA